UGCUAACAGGCUACAUGAGACACGCAAACUUGGGGCUAAUGUGUUGUUAUUUUAAAAGUCUUAAACGUGUCUGACUGGAAGGGAUAUGUAAUUGCAGGACAUGAUUGAAACUGCAUAUUCAUCACGUACUGAUAAAAUAGUUUAGGGGUCGUUUAGCAUUGCUGGCAUUCAUCACUUUCUAUAUUUGGCAAAAAGGAAACCGGAGGGUUUUAUUUUGAAAGGUUUGGCAGGACCGUGUGGGAGUGUCACAGGGGCCGUAGUGAACGCCUUGUAUGCGGCGUUCUAGACAGCGCUGAACCUCAGGCUGCAGAAAAACGGAACGGUGACAGGCCCUCUACUUUAACCGCUCUUUUAUCACUUUGUACCGACUGUUCGCGUGUGUGGAAACCAUGGCUAGCCGCACUCUGUGGUCGUUCUGCCUGCUGCUGGCGCUGCUGCUGCCGCUGGGAGUCCUGUCUCAGGUCUUCAACCUGUCUGACGCUCUGGAUAGUGACAGUAAACCAGGCGGACUUUCUGACGACGAUCUGUUGGAUGUCAGCAAAGACGAUACCUACAAACCUGACAAAGGCAAAGGUGGACGUCCCAGUGGUGAAAAAGAUGAAAUAAACCAGUAUGACGACAACACUGAGACCACGGCAGAAGUGGGCACCAUUGCAGGGAUCGUUAGUGCGGUUGCUAUGGCGCUGAUGGGUGCAAUCACCAGCUACAUCUCCUACCAGAAGAAGAAGCUGUGCUUCGGAAUACAACAGAGCCUGAAUACUGACAUGGUGAAGGCUAAGAACCCUGAGGCCGUGGUGGCUACAGAACCACAAGUCCAGCAGACUCUCCUGGAGCCACCCAAUGCUGAACCACCCACUGAAGAGAAUGCCGUGUAACACACUCACAUACCUUUCGCACGCACGCACACACACACACACACACACAGGUCACCCCCCAACAUUUGCUUUUUCCCAAGCAUUCCCCACCUAAGCCCCCUGCGCACACACACACACACACACACACUAACAUACACACAUACAGCCACUAACAUGCUACAGGAUAGACUGUCUAUUGUGUAGCAUGUCCUGGUUGAUCUUGCAGCUCCGUGCUGUAAACGUUGGGAUUUGUAGUCCAUUUGCGCUGAAAGUGAUUUUUAAAAAUUCUCAGCUGUAAACAUGGCCGACAGUGUAUCGCACCUUGCCAAAAGUACGUGUAUAUAGUUAUUUAUUGUUUACUGUUCGAACACCACUGACAAUGUAAGUAAUCCAGCCUUCAGCAUGUACUCAGAUUCCUCUGCUGUCAGCAGAGUUGAGUUGUAGCAUUUGACUAACCUCCAGACACACAGUGAAGUUGGAAUACUGAAAAAGAAAAUACAAAUCGUGGUUAGUCUUAAUAUACAUUGGAGAAAGAAACUCUUCUGAGCUUCUAUGGGUGUGUGUCGAGUUCACAGGGAGUCAGCCACUGUGUAGUGAGCUGAAUUUAAGGCGGGUUAGUUUACAGAUUGAUUUGAUUGGAUUUUAGGACACUGAUUUGUGACUUGCAGAGUGAUUAUAGCUGAAUUUAAUGUGAACCAGGGAGCGCUGUGAGACAAGCCCAGUCUUCUUUUUUUUUUGAUGAAUGAAAGUCUUGUUCCAGCUAUCAGCAAUAUCUCAUUUCUUGACUUUGAAUGGAAUUUAGCAGUUUCCCCCUUUUGACACAUAACUGAUUACUUGUGGCAAGUCAUAGAUGUUACUUUUGUUGAUGCACAGCGACGGGAAUCAGAUAUAAACUGUAGCAACACUGCACAUAAUCACAGAAGAGUGAAAUGAAGAACAUUUGGCAAUAUUCCCCAGAUUUCUAUUCAAAGCUUUGUAGCAACUGAUUAUGUAAUCAUUUAUGAAAUGCGGUGAUAAAAUGUGUUGAAUGUAGGUAGUAAACCAUUAUCAUGGUUAGUGUAACUUCAUAGAGGGAAGUAACACGUUAAACUAAGGGCAAAGCUUGGACUCAUAGAACUCAGGUUACACCAUGUAACUAAAUAGGAUUUGGAGAGCGCCGACCUCCGCCUAGGCCGCUCCCAUAAGUGAAAAAAAUUGCGUGUAUGUGCCCUGUGAUUGAGAUCUGUUGUUUCUUCACCAAUGCUACACCCUUCCACCAAAUUUCAUUAAAAUCAGCCCACUAGUUUUUCUGCAAUCCUGCUGACAAACCUGGCAGGUAAUGAUGACAAUGUAAGUUUCUCUUAUUCCUACAUGUGACUUUAUAAUUUAGUUUAUUUCAUUUUCAGUACACUUAUGCUAUAAUUAUGUGGAUAAAAUCUGUGACUAUGAUGAUAAUGCUAUCAAUAAUCAUUAUUUGAAGUUUCCCAUGAGGUUUAAUUACAUUUUGACCCACUUGGAACAUGUAUGCUGCCCUUAAAUGGGCUCCACUAUUAGCUGAUAAAGUCCAUUAGUGGGACGUACCUCAUAGAACUGGACUUACUGCAGGUAGCUACUGUUUACAUCAUGUGACAGUUGCAUCAUUAGUUGCUACAUGUUGCUUCACGUAUACCCUCAUGUUGUCUAUCUUGAUGAACAAAGUUGCCUUAUUCAAAUUUGGAUCUUUUUGCAGUGGGGAAAAAAUAAGGCGUCCAAACAUUUCUGUCUACUUACAACAUGUGACUUUUUAUAGUGUAAAUAUUCAGUUUUUUUUCAAAUGAUAAUGCCUAAUGAAGGGAGCCUCGCUUGGUUUUUCAAAAGUGGUGAUGUUGAAAUAGUUGUGAUGAGAGUAGUUAAGUCAAGGAACAAAAAACUUGAAUUUGAAUUCAAAAGAAAGAAGUUCAGGAAUUUUAACGACUCAGCAUUCCUGUAGCAUGUAGCAUAAAAACGAUGCUAGCUGAAUCAGUUCCACUGCAGUUAGAGCUUGAAAAUGCACAGCGCAUUCUUCUCUGUCUGUUAAUUUGAAAAGAGAUUUUCUUCAGUGGGAAGCUAUUUGAAAAAGAAGACGAGACUUUGGUCCAAGCAGGCCGUGACGAGGCUCGCGGACAGGCAGAUAAAUGUGUGAAAUGUGACUUUGUGUUGAAGAUACAACUGCUACAUUCAAAAGCUAAUAUUGUUUGUACUAUGUUUUAUUGUGUUAGCGCUGAGGUGCCAGUGUGUGCAGAACAAUUCAAAAAUUGUGUCUUUAUCCAUGGUGGCCAUUUUAAAUUUACAUCAUCGUGUGUAGCAUUAUGCUAAGAUGUAUAAAAGUAGCAUUACGCGAAACACAAAAGUGAAAGAGAUUUUCCAUAGUGUAGCCCAGAUGGCUAUUGGCCCGAGCAUAAGUUGCUAAAUACAAUGUAAAGGAAUCCUGUGGAGUUUUCCUGUGAAGAUUCCCUUCCACAUAAAACAUAAGCUAGCUAAGCCGGCACAUUGCUACAUUUUUCUUGACCACUAAACGUUGAUUAUUGGAUUAGCACGAAGCCGUUAGCCGGAAUGUAAAGCGCAUAAUCCGCAUGUAAGAAAUGCUAACAAACGGGGACACGCUCUUAAAAAAACAUUGCAUACUGUAGUCAAAACCUCCACUGGAUACCCUCUCCAGCUGCCCUCCUAAUGACAGGUAAUAAACUGUAUAUAUCUUAAUUCUUAAUACCCAUCACUAGGAGAGUUUGCCAAAUUUAUUGCAAUUACAAUUAAGAUUUUCACAUCAUGUUACUUGCGCGAAUACGGCAACUGGAGCGUUUUUGGUGUAUUUUGCAACUUGCGAAUAUUCUCCCUGAAUAGCCAAUUGGAGUUCUCCUUCCGGAAAGCAAGAGCUUAACUCCAUAGAUAUUGCUUCCCCUGGCAAUGUUUAUUUCUGUUUACUAAAUUUGAUGCUGAAGUUGAACCAUUUAAACCAACGCGUAUUCGCGUUCAUUUGCGUAUUUGCAUUGACUUUGUAUGUAAUCUUUCCGCGUGAGAAAUCCGCGUCACGUUUGGUCUGAACACACCGUUAGAUGAUCGGACAAACACGUUCAAAAUGGCCACAGUGGAAAAAGAUUUGCAAGAGUGGAAAAGUGGGAAAGAUGAAGUCAGAGAGGAGUUUGAAUCAGUUGGCACAAAAACGUAGAAAACUAGAAGUCUUUUAGCCGUGUAGAUGAAGUUAGCAGCAGUAGUUAGCUGUAGGAUCUUGAAUAGUGUCAUUACGAGUGCUUUUGGAAAGUUGUGAUGGUUGUACAUAUUACUGUGAGCAUUUUUGUGUUUCUACUAUUAACAGUGUGUAAGAGGGCAUAUUUACGCUCCAUAUUAUACUCUUCAGUGUGUGUGUGUGUUUACACUCUCCGCCUGCUCUUUUUACACUUUGUACCCGACUUUCCUAAUAACGUAGCUUAACUUUUUGUAGAUAGUUUUAUUGCUUCCUUGUUCUGUAGUGCCAACGCUUUGUUGUUUGCCUGAAGAGUUCUCGUAUGUUCCUGAACGAGAUCUGAAGUCAUUCACCGUUUUUCUAUACUGUCUGAUUUAGUCUGUUCUAUUUAGUCUGUCGUUUUAUAGCACUGCUCAGAAUCUCUGGUGAGAAUUAUUGAACUUUAUGUGGGUGACUUGAGUUAUCCCACAAUGCAACAUGUGCCUCAUUUCCACUGCGUGGUUUGGCCCGACUCGCUUUUGGUACCGCGGUCGCCAUUGACGAUAUUGAUGCAGGAUGUCCCGUGUCGAGUUAGUGACGAUUCUCCCCAACCAAUCGGUGGUCUGCACCCUUUUGUAUCGGCUCAGCUCACAAGAAACCUCGACCGAGGAAAACCAAAACAGAGCGAGUAAAGUUGAGCUAGCCGUACCGUACCAUGCGGUGGAAAUGCAGCAAUAGUGAAUAAUGCCGUGUUCACGUAAUGGAAGGUAGCUAUUGGAUUUACUAACUUGAGAACGUUCACUUUCCCAGACAACAAAAAGACGAACCCAUGUUUGAGAGUUACAGCGCUCUAUCCGAGUUGCGUUCGUCUUGCUUUGACAGACUUUUAGCAGAGGCAUCUCUGUUUGAUUGCUUUUCCAUGUCGGAUAUGUCCGAUAACCGUUUCCCAGUCACAAUUACGACUUGGGAGCUCUGUUUGGCUCUUGCGCCGGUCUUUACAAUCUCCAAAGUUGUGUUAUUUCAGCUAUUGCUUGGACCCACGCGUGCCUCUUGACACGCUCAUGGUUCCGAUCUGCUGGUGGGGUCUCUGGUAAUUGGUCCCGAACCAAUUAACACAUCUUUAAAAACUGCUAACCAGAUGUUAAAAACAAAGAAGCUAGUAGAAGCCCACACGUGACGUGAACGUGGCAUUAGCAGUGAUUGGCAACGAUCUGAGUAGUGUCUGAUAGAACAGUCUGUAUCUACAUGGAGGUGAAUGCGUGAAGGAUUUUUUGCUGAGGCAGUAUGUGUUGUAUGAGCUGUGAAUAGCGUUGGCGGUGUGUUACGUAUCUGACAGGUUGCAGCACAGUCCCGCAUGAACACCACACCCCGGUCUCCAUGUUGCCUUGGAAAAGCAGCCGCUUGGCGUCGUUCCUCUAAAAGUCCUUAAACACUGCUGAAAAAAGCAAUCCGACACUGGGACUUGAAGUGUGGCUUGGUCGUCAUGGAUGCCCUGUCAGCUGUAAUUCAAAUGGUGCUUCUCUCUCUGCCUUACACCCUGUACGGUCCCACAGGGACUCUCCACAGUAUUCAUCUAACACCCCCCCCCGUAGCCACACACGAGCAACAUCCACACCUCCAGAUCCUUUUGGGCGGUCAGCUCGGAAGAGCGGUCGCAGUGCCCCCCCAGAGAACUGGAAGGUGGGCGGCCGUUUGGUCUUGCUCGGGCCCGCGGAGAGCUGAACUCCUCACAAAGCGCAACAAAAACAACAAACCUUUCUGUUUACUGAAUGUAUCGAGUGUCUGAAUGUGACACGGAGAAAAACCUUUCAUCUGUAGCAAAAACUGCAAAUUCACCAAAGAUGUUGCAUCAAUUGAGAUCGGCUUUGCCUUCAUGCAUUGGGACUGACUGAAAAAAAUAAAAAAGGUUUUGGAAUAAUCGUGAAGGAAAAGGAUUGAAGUCCUUAAGAUUUGAAUCGGUUUGCUGGUUGGAAGAGGAUUUGAUGGAUUACAUCGUAUAAUGUGUAAUGACCUGUACACUGCUGUGUGAAUGACUCAGUGAUUAUUGACACUGGAUGUUGAUGCUGCUUUAAGAUCCAGUGUGGACAUUAUUGUCGUGGAACAUGUCACCAUACUGCUGUUUGGACCGGGUUACCAGACUGUACAGGACACACAGUGGGGGGGGGGGGGGACUCAAUACGAGAAACAUCUGUAUGAUCUAUACAGGUGUGUAUUGGAUUGCUGUGGUCUGGUGGAGGGAAAGGAACGGUCCAGAGAAGCAGCAGUGUCAGAGAUCUGUUUUUACAAAGCGUGCUAAAAAUAAUCAAGGCUGAGAUUUCAGCUCACUUUUUAUACAAAUACAGUCAUCCCACAAUCACUUGUGAUAACGGAUUGACAUUACUGGUUUAGCCACAAUAAUAAUAAUAAACUUUUCUAGCUAAUCUAGGUCACUCUGUGGACUACGGUUACAACCGAAUACUAAACAGCAGGGACUCAGUUUGCUGAUUAUUCUCCCAGUUGAAAAAAUAAUCUCUCCGAUUAUGUUCUCCGUCGGGAUCUAUGUUUCUCCGAUUGUUUUCCCAGUCGGGAACAAGUUGUUCCGAUUUAUUCCGACACCCACGAAUGCAGCGCAAGUCUGUGUACGACUGUGCUUGACCCUAAGAAUUGGUUACCGUCGCAACAUAAAUUGAAUCACUGAACGCUGGCUCUGGAUUAUGUGGUUAGCUUGCUUUGUGAAGCGUCUGUCCGGUACCCGCAUGGCAUUACAUGACAGAGGUCACGUGACACUGCGCGCUCAGACCGUCCUCCUCCUUGCAGUACCCUCUCGUGCCCCUCACCGUGUCCUGCGAAGCUGGCCCCAAAUCCUGGAACCUCACUUUGUGGUUGGAAGGAGAACCAAUCAGAGCCCAGCAGAGCCGGGAGCAUCUCAGAAGCUGGCUUUGCAGGGCCGCCCGUCACAUACAACACAUACGCACCUCCAGCAUACUGCUCUCAUACACAUACACACUUUGAUGCAUGCUUUUCUCUACUUACACACUUUACUUGUAGCUUACGAGUGUGCGUCUUCCUGACAACUGAAUGUUGGACAGUCUUCAUCGCUUGAAGCGUAAUAGUGAACUCUGCUUUCUCUCUAUUCCACUAUGAUGAUACAGGUACUUGUUACUAAUAUGAAGCGAUUCAAUAAACCAUUUCAAAAGACAA